AUGACGGAGUACAGUCGUCAGCGUGACUUCAUGUUCUGCGAAAUAUGUGGAACAAUGCUGUCUUUCGAUUCGCCCAAGUAUGCUAAAUGCCCGUUGUGCAAAUUCAAGAAACGCAUUAAAGAUAUUUCUGGAAGAACGAUACGUUACACUAUAACUGCCGAGGAUAUGAGAAGGGAACUGGGAAUGUCUUCAUUGGAGGACAUCGAAGAAGAGAAGGAACUGAAACAAAUGGAUUAUAACGCAAAAUGUAGAGCCUGUCAGCACUUGGGCAUGGCUUACGUUGCUAGACAGAUUAGAUCAGCUGAUGAAGGGCAGACUAUUUUUUAUACUUGCCCAAGUGGUGGCUGUAGAUCAUCCAGGCAUAUAAUUUUUGUACCUUCCGCGCAUGUCUCACCUAGUUGCACUGUACAUGCGGUAAAAUUCUUUGCAUACUUCCGAAGAGCGUUCAUUGAGGAAAUUUGUAUUGAGGAAUCUCAACUGCUCUCGAGUCCGUUCCCUAGCAUAUUUUGCAUUACUGAAUUCUACUACUUAAUUCCCUGCAAUAUGGGUAUAGUAAGUACAAUUUUGGGUGUUUUCGGGUUCGGAUUCGGGGCCUCAAUUGGGCUUGUGAUUGGGUAUUUCAUGUUCAUCUACACCCAACCAACUGAUGUCAAGGAUCCCGAUGUUCGUCCCUUAGUUGAGCAAGAUUCUAAGAGUCUCCAGCGGCUGCUCCCAGAGAUACCCCUUUGGAUAAAAAAUCCAGAUUAUGAUCGGAUUGAUUGGCUCAACAAAUUCAUUGAACUUAUGUGGCCAUAUUUGGACAAGGCAAUUUGCAAGAUGGCAAAGAAAAUAGCAGCACCAAUCAUAGCUGAGCAAAUUCCAAAAUACAAAAUUGACUCGGUGGAAUUUGAAACACUGACUUUGGGCUGUCUACCGCCUACUUUUCAAGGAAUGAAAGUUUAUUCCACGGAGGAGAAGGAGUUAAUAAUGGAACCAGUUUUGAAGUGGGCGGGUAAUCCAAACAUCAUUGUGGUCGUGAAGGCUUUUGGUCUAAAGGCCACAGUCCAGGUGCUCGACUUGCAAGUUUUUGCCUCUCCACGUAUCACAUUAAAGCCGCUGGUCCCCAGCAUCCCUUGUUUUGCAAAUAUAUUUGUUUCUCUUAUGGAAAAGCCUCAUGUUGACUUUGGACUGAAGCUGCUAGGUGCUGAUGCUAUGUCAAUUCCUGGGCUGUACAGAUUUGUUCAGGAACUUAUAAAAAAUCAGGUUGCCAAUAUGUAUCUAUGGCCUAAAAGACUCGAGGUUCCGAUAAUGGAUUCCUCGAAAGCAAUGAAGAAAGCAGUCGGGAUUCUUCAUGUGAAGGUUGUUAGGGCAAUGAAACUUAAGAAAAAAGAUCUUUUGGGGGCUUCGGACCCUUAUGUGAAGCUAAAACUUUCUGAAGAAAAACUUUCAUCAAAGAAAACAACCGUGAAACAAAAAAACUUGAACCCCGAAUGGAAUGAGGAAUUUACUAUUGUUGUCAAGGACCCAGAAUCACAAGUUUUAGAGAUUUCAGUGUAUGACUGGGAACAGGUUGGAUCACACGACAAGAUGGGCUUGAACAUUGUCCCCCUAAAAGAACUUACUCCAGAAGAGCCAAAAGUUUUGACUCUUGAUCUUCUUAAAAACCUAAAUCCAGAGGAUGUUCAAAAUGAGAAGUCUCGAGGGCAACUUGUAGUUGAAGUCAAUUACAAACCUUUCAAGGAUGAUGACAUACCAGAUGGUAUUGAAGAUACAAACGCAGUGGAAAAGGCUCCAGAAGGAGUGCCUGAAGGCGGUGGUUUGCUUGUCGUUAUAGUCCACGAAGCUCAAGAUCUAGAAGGGAAGCACCACACAAAUCCAUCUGUCCGUCUACUUUUCAGAGGGGAGGAGAGAAAAACUAAGACAGUGAAGAAAAACAGAGAUCCAAGAUGGAAUGAGGAUUUUCAGUUUAUGCUGGAGGAGCCACCCACCAAUGAAAGGAUUCAUUUUGAAGUAAUUAGUGUUUCAUCCAGAAUGGGUCUAUUGCACCCCAAGGAAACUCUGGGUUAUGUGGAUGUAUACCUCUCGGACGUUGUUCAAAACAAGCGAAUCAACGAGAGAUACCACCUGAUCGACUCGAAAAAUGGCCGGAUUCAGAUAGAGAUGCAAUGGAGAACUUGA